CUUUGAUUCAAUUUAUUUGGGAAGUAAUAAUUUUCAACAAGUGAAUUUAGUAAUUUUGUUUAUUUCUUCAUUACAUUAUCGUGUUUACGCUUCGAGAAAGAUUUAUUCUUAUCAUCAGAAUUUUUUGUGUGAGCAUCAACGAUUAACUUUAAAAUAAUUAAGAAAUUCUAAUUGGCUUCUGAAUUUUUCAGAUAUGAAAAUUAAACACAUUCAUUUACUCAAAGAAUUGAUUCAACAUUGAUGUUAACCUGCAAGGGAGGUUAUGUUUGUUUACGGUUUGUAUUAUUGUUUUCAUAAUUUACGAGUGUUUUGAAUGAAUAUAGGAAGUGCUGAAGAAAUACAUAUAUAUUGGUUUUAACAAUAAAACUCAAAUUAUGACGAACAGUGACAAGUCGUUCGAUACUGUAGACGAGGAUGUAUGGAGUAUAUAUGAAAAAGACAUUGAAGAAAUAGUAGUGGACAGCUAUUCUGAAGAAGAUAUUGAUGAUGACAUUUCCAUUGAACUAUCGCCAAAACCAUUGGCUAAGGAAAAGGAAUUUGAAAGAAGAAAAAAUAUCAACAUGAUGUAUAGUGGCAUCCAGAAAAUACUUGGAGGGGGUGAUGCUGAAGAACCAAGGGUUAGAAUACUUAAAAAAGCAACCGCUGCUUGUAAACAAUUGUGUCAAGAAGAACUCCACUUAAAAUAUGAAACAGAACUUCUUUUACAAACAAACUGGAAAUUAAAAAAGCGCAUGGAAAAACUCCAAAAAAAGAAAAAACGGAAAAGUGGUAGUGCUACUAUUUCUAGGAGGUUGUCAGGCCCAUUAGUAAGUUCACCGAUUAAAACAUCACCAGUAGAGAAGAGAAGUGCAUCAGUAGAUGAAUCAAAAUCUGCAAUUUUGCCAAAUAUUCCUACAGAACUUAAAUCGAACACUGAAGUCAUAGAAGUUAGUUCAAAAGGACCCCCACCACCCCCUAAGAAUCCGAAGCGAAAAGUUAAAAAACGUACAGGUCUCUCUGAUGAAGAAAAGGAAUUUUAUAAAAUGGAAGAAAAAUUAGAAGACUUAUUGUAUGAAAUUGAUGCACUAUGGAAUGAUGUGAAUAACGAUGAAGAGAAAGAUAGCAAGGUAGAUAAGAAUUUAAUUAAAGAAGUGGAACAGGGUGAAGUUAUUCCUGUAGACAAAACAAAACCUUCAGGACAACCAGAUCCUAUAAAAGUUCCCCAACGUAAAGAAAAAAUUAAAUUGACAGACAUUAAUAAGCUGAUAGAACCGGAACUAAAUCCUAACAAACAUAGAGAAGAAAUCAAAAUAAAUAAUUUGUCAGCGUUAAUAGGAGAGUCAUCAGUUGGAAAAAAUGUGGAAGUGUUUAAAAUAACUAACAUAAACAAACUUCUAGAUCCUGUACAAAACCCAAUCAUUAAGUCAAUGGAUAGUUCUAGUUUUCAGAGCAUCAUUAAUUUAAAUGACAAAAGAAGAAGUAGUACAUCAGGAGACGAGAGUCCCAGGUUAGUUAUUGAUGAAAAUCCACGGGGAAAUGACAAAAAUAAUAUUGACCUAGGAGCAAUUGAUAUGAUGGAAGCUCUACAAGCUGUUGAUACACUUUGCUUAAGUUUAGUUUCAGAUGAACCUACCACUUCCGAGUCUCAACCUGUGGUAGUUGAAUUUAAAAAAUCCAAUAAUCCAAUUGAAAAAUCUGACAUAAUAGCAAUAUCUGAUUCAGAAGAUGAAAAUGCCAGUUCAGACAUAGUAUGCUUAGAAUAACUAUUUAAGGAAUGAAACAUGACUGUAAGAUGUAGUGUAUUAUAUUUAUGUAAUAUUAUAUGUAUUUAAUACUAUUAUAAAUGUAAAUAAUUUUUUUAAUUAUAUCCUUUAGUAUUUUA